GGAAGAAAAGAGAAGCCAGCAUGGCAACAUGAAGGCCAUAAAUCCCCUCCAGAAAUGGGGCCAGGCUUAAAGGCACAGCCACCUCGUCAGAGACCACAAGGGCAGAUCUUUUGCACCAUGAGAAAGAAGAAGCCAAAAUGUAAAAGGAAGUUGCUGGCCACAGGGAGGUGGAAGUCGGGAGGUCCUGCUCCCGCUGAGUCCUCCACAGGAGACGGUUGUGUGCCUCUUAACCCCGGUCAUCUCCUGACUUCUGAACAAUACCAGGGACCUCCAGAGAGUCUCCUCCCUGAUAGCUCUGCUGUUCUCAUUUCCUUGAGGGCCUCUGGCCAUGGCUUGGCUCCUGCUUCUGCUGCUGCCAGCAGUGUGUCUGCAAGCUGGAAACUCAGCAGGAUCCAACAGAGAAAAUACCUAUGGGGUCGACCAACCAGCACAUGUCUCUGGUGUCCAGGGCGGCUCCAUCGAGAUCCCAUUCUCCUUCUACUCCUACUGGGAGUUGGCAGAGGAGCCUCAGCUCAGAAUAACCUGGAGAUGGCAGCACCCCUAUGGGGGAUUUAUUUACGACUCUGGUUCACGUUUCAUACACAAGCAUUUCAGGAACAGGCUCAUCCUGACCUGGACACAAGGUCAGACACAUGGAAUCCUCACAAUCCUGGACUUGGAGGAGAAAGACCAGACCAUGUACUUCUGCAGAGUUUAUCUGCAAACGACAGAAGGCUGGAAGAGUUGGCAGUCGAUUGAUGGGACCCAACUCACAAUCACCAAUGAGACCAGCUGGGUGUCAGAGGAGCAAAUGCAGGUGAACACAGAGCCUGCUCUUAAGUCCUGCAAGGAGGCAUACAGCAGCCUCAGGGCCAGCUGCUCACUGGGAAGGAGCUGUGGUCUGAGAGGAGACCAGCAUUCAGCGACAACACAUCAUGAGAAGGGAAACCUGGGAAAUGAGACAACUGAGUGAGUUGGGGAUCUGCAAUAAAGUGGAUGUUGAGAGCAUGGUGUGCAAUAGACUCACAAAUAAAAAGACAAUGUGAAGGAAGAACCUGAAGACUCAAAGAGGCAAGGUUAAAGAUAUUUUUAUAAAACUGUGUUUGUUUCCCAGUUUCUGUCUUAAUCCAUCUAUCAUUCAAAGAAUAGAAACUCUAUUAUAUUUGUUUAAUAAGUUUCACAGCGCAAGAUCUGAGCAGUUAUUGGUCAAUUCUAAAACCUCUAAGUAAUCUGGUUUCCUCCAAGUUUACAUCCCAGAGAUACUUGCACAUUGUAGCUUUCUUUUCUGAGCUCUCUCCUAGUCCUUCCUGGAUCUGCCUGUCUCUCAAUCCCCUGUCUUAAUCCCCUACUUCCUCCUCUAACUCCCUCUCUCCUGGCUGGUAGGAAGUCCAGCCCUAUUCUUUCCCCUGCUCAUUGACUGGCUGUAAACUGCUUUAUUGAUUUAUUAGGAGACAAUUGGGGAACACGGUUUAUACAACAUUGUGAUGGAGAUUCUCAGAAUAAGGCAAAAGAUUUAUACACUAAAAACAUAACACUCUUGAGAGAAAUUACAAAACAGCCAGUGUGAUGGCUCAGUGGUGAACUGUUUGACCCACAAACACAAGGGCAUGAAUUUCUUUCCCCACAGCCACAUAAAGUGUCGGCAGACUCUUACACAGGCAGAGACACUGGGAUCCCUGGGGCUCACUGUGCUUUACCUACUGGGAAGACCGGAGCCAAUGACAGACCUGUCUCAGGAGCUAUGGUGGAGAGCUCCUACAGGACAGUUCCCAGGGUUGUCCACUACCAUGUACAUGUGUGUGCACAUAUGCCAAUAUUCACAAACAUGUGUGUACUGCCUGACAAUAAACUUUUUAAUAGUGAAGGAAACACUAAAAAACGUAAUGCUAUCCGCAGAACAGUAAAUUCUAUUCAUUAAGUCCUUACAACACAAAACAACCUUAAAGUUCCCUGCAGCCUCUGCUUCCACCCCCUGCUGGUGGCUUCAGAGGACCCUCUCUAGCAGGCUCCCACCCUGUUCCCUCACUUCCAUCACUUCUGCUGUCUGUUCUGUUCGCCAUUCUGAAUGAGAUGUAAGCAUCCUCCCUAGGGUCCUUCCUGUUGUUUAGCUUCUUUAGGUCUGUAGAUGGUUAUGCUGUAUUAUAUGGCUAAUAUCUGCUUAUAAGAGUGUACACCAUAUUUAGAUUUUAAGUACCAUGUAAUAAAAUAUAUUAAAACUAGAGGUAGCAUUCAGGAUUUCUCCAUCAGCAUUGGUUUCAUUGUCAUAAUUAUGAUUGACAGGAAAUGAUUCAGGCUGAAACUAUAUAAAAGAUAGCCAGGUGCGGUGGUGCAAGCCUGUGGUACCAGGACUUGGGCAUAUACUGCUGUACAGAAAAUUGAAGGCCAGCCUCUACUAUAGGACGCACCGUCUUAUAAAUAAUAACAAACAGUGAUGAGCUCCUUAGCUUUGUAGCUUUCGUUAUGGCUGUCCUAUCCUAUCUCUGGAGGCCACUGUGUCAGUAAAAGUGUUUUUGUGAAAA